UUUAGUUGAUCUUCCUCAAAAAAAAGUGGCAUGUUUCUAUUUCCUAACUAGAAAUGACAGGGGAAAACAACUAUUAUUUUACAAACUGUAGUGUAUUUUAAAUAAUUUCAGCAUUGAAAAACAUAAGAUUUUUAUUGUUACAUUUUCAUUAAUUAGGUUUUCAUUACUGUUGCAGUGUCCUAAGCAAUGCCCUAAUUGCUAAUGUUUUGUUCUAUUUUUGUCAGAAAACGAACCUGCAUCUCCCUUUCAUUUAGUAGCUUUCUGAAUGUCAUCUGGUAAAAUUAUCUACAUAUUCAAAGUGCAUUUGCUUUGUCUGUGGUCUAAUACUUGUUUUCUUCCCCUCUAGGAAAGCACAUUAUAGAUUGUAUUUUUUCCCCUUCUUCUACGAACUUAGUGUAAACAUGUUGUUUUCUGUUUGAACUUAGUUUUUAAAAAUCAUCAAAUAUAUCAAAUAUAAGAAACAGGGUAGUUAAACCAUGAGUUGUGGAAAGGAGUUUGUGGAAACAUUGAAAAAAAUUGGUUAUCCUAAAGCUGAUCUUCUUAAUGGAGAAGAUUUUGACUGGCUGUUUGUCGCUGUUGACAACGAGUCAUUUUUGAAAUGGUUUUGUGGGAAUGUGAAUGAACAGAAUGUAUUAUCUGAAAAAGAAUUGGAAGAUUUCAGUGUUCUUCAAAGGUCAGGCAAGCCCAUCCUAGAAGGAACAGCGUUGGAUGAAGUUCUUAGAACCUGUAAGACUUUUGAUUUGAAGACAUCUACACUGGAUGAAAAAGAGAUACAAAAAUUAGAGGAUGAGGUUCAAACUCUGCAGAAAUUAAAUAACUUAAAAAUUCAGCGACGGAAUAAAUACCAGUUAAUGGCUUCUGAAACUAGCUACAAAUCUCUGACAUUAAAUGCUAAACAAGAGGAAGCAACUAAGAUGAAACAGAGUCAAGGAUUCCUAAAUGCUGUGAUUACUAAGCUCAAUAAUGAACUUCAGAUUCUUACUGAGGGAGUUAAUAAUUUGAUGACAUUCUUCAGACAUGCUAAUUUAGGUCAAGGGACAAAUCCAAUGGUAUUUUUAUCUCAGUUUUCCUUGGAAAAAUAUAUAAGCCAAGAAGAGCAGACCACAGGAGCCUUAACCUCAUAUACCAAAAAGCAGUUCUUUCAGGGUAUACAUGAAGUAGUUGAAAGUUCAAAGGAAGAAAAUUUUCAGCUCUUAGAUACACAAACACCAUCUAUUUGUGAUAAUGAAGAAAUCCUUGGGGCGAGACGACUGGAGAUGGCUAGGCUGCAGAUAGCAUACAUCUGUGCCCAACAACAGAUCAUAUUCUUGAAAGCAAGUAAUUUGAGCAUGAAGUCAAGUAUAAAAUGGGCAGAAGAGAAUCUUCAUAGCCUAACCAGCGAGGCAGUUGGUAAAGAAAAUUUGGAUGCUAAAAUUUCUAGCUUGAACAGUGAGAUUCUAAAACUUGAACAGCAAAUCACUCAUAUGAAAGACAAAAUUCUGCCUGCUGUGGUAAAAGAGAAUGCCCAGUUAUUGAACAUGCCGAUUGUAAAGGGAGAUUUUGAUCUGCAGAUUGCUAAACAAGAUCAUUAUACAGCAACACAAGAGUUUGUUUUAAAUCAGUUGAUAAAACAGAAAGCAUCAUUUGACCUUGUACAGUUAUCAUAUGAAAUUGAAUUGAGAAGACAUUGGGAUACAUAUCGGCAACUUGAAAAUUUGAUUCAACAACUUGGUCAAAGAAAUGUAAUGCUCUGUCAGCAAUUAGAAACAUUAACAGAUCCAUCCAUACCUGAACAGUCAAACUACAGGACACCCAUCAACACUAAAGAUUAUUCUACUCGUAGGCUUUAUCAACUUUUAGAAGGAGACAAUAAGAAAAAAGAAUUGUUUAUAACCCGUGAACACCUGGAGGAAGUGGCUGAGAAAUUGAAACAAGAUGUUUCUUUAAUACAAAAUCAGUUGGCAGUGUCUACUCAAGAGCAGUUUCUCUUUCUGUCCAAAUGGAAUAACGAUGUGGACAUGCUUUGUGAUGCUUUGUAUCACGGAGGGAACCAGCUAUUGCUUUCUGAUCAGGAGUUAAUGGAGCAUUUCCAUCAAAUUGAAUCUAAGUUGAAUAAACUAAAUCAUCUUCUUACUGAUACUCUUGCUGAUGUGAAGACAAAAAGAAAAAUUUUGACAACUAAUAAAUUGCAUCAAGUGGAAAGAGAAUUAUAUGUAUAUUUUUUUAAAGAUGAAGACUAUCUAAAAGAUGUUGUGGAAAAUUUAGAAAACCAAUCUAAGAUUGAGGCCCUUGGUCUUAAAGAUUAAAGGUUUCUAAAAACUGAAUCUUUAUUAUUCCUGCUGUGGUUUGAUUUUUAAGUAUUAAGAGUCUUUUUCUAAUAAACAGUACUAACUUUA